UGUCUCGGACCCUCAGCUCAGGACUGCUGUCAGGGGGAAGCAUGUUGCUGCAGAAACUGUGUGUGUGGAUGCCGUUGGUGCUGUGCAGCUCGGACCUGUGUUGGGCCUUUGUCUUCGGCCGGCCCAAGCGCUCAGGAGAAGAUGGAACCAGCCCGGAGACUGGCUAUGUACCGAUCUCCGGCUCCUGCAAGAACAGAUGCUAUGAGUUAGUGGAGAACAAGCCCCCAAACUGUCGCUGUGACAACUUGUGUAAGAGCUACCAUGGCUGCUGCUCAGACUUCAACGAGCUCUGCCUCCGGACAGAAGGAGGUUAUGAAUGCACCAAAGAGCGAUGCGGCGAGACCCGGAAUGAACAGCACGCCUGCCAUUGCUCUGAAGACUGCCUCGCCAGGGGAGACUGCUGCACCAACUACAAGAAGAUGUGCAAAGGAGACACUUCCUGGCUGGAAGGCGAAUGUGAGGAGAUCAGGAGCCCAGAGUGUCCUGCUGGUUUUGCGCGUUCGCCUCUCAUCAUACUGUCCAUGGAUGGGUUCAGAGCGUCUUACAUGAAAAAGGGGAGAACCAUCAUCCCUAACAUUGAAAAACUCAGAAGAUGUGGAACCCACGCUCCUUACAUGAGGCCUGUUUAUCCUUCCAAAACCUUUCCCAAUCUCUAUACAAUUUCAACAGGUCUCUAUCCAGAGUCUCAUGGCAUCGUUGGAAACGCCAUGUAUGACUCAACAUUUAGUGCAACAUUCAACCUGAAGAACAAAGAAAAGCUGAACCACCGCUGGUGGGGAGGAGAACCACUCUGGAUCACUGCCGUCAAACAGGGAAUGAAAUCUUCCAGCUUCUUCUGGCCCGUGACCAUUUCUUGGGAGAGAAGGAUCCUGACUUUGCUGCAGUGGCUUCAUCUCCCUGAAGGAGAGAGGCCCUAUGUUUAUGGCAUGCACUUUGAGGAACCAGAUGCUACUGGACACAGAGUGGGCCCAAAGAGUCCAGCCGUGAGUACGUUUGCUCCAGGAGAUUCUGAUCCUGAGUGGGUUUGGUCGCUCAAGGCUUCCUUUAUCCUUUUCCAGCUUAACACGAUUCUGCAGGCAGUUGAUCGGAUGGUGGGCAAGCUGAUGGACGGACUGAAGCAGAUGAAACUGCACCGAUGUGUCAACAUCAUCAUAGUGGGAGACCACGGUAUGGAAGAGGCAAACUGUAAUCGUACAGAUGCCCUCACCAACUAUAUCACCUCUGUUGAUGACAUCAUCCUCAACCCUGGGCCUGCUGGGAGAAUACGCUCCAGAUUGCCCAACAAUCCCAGAUAUGACCCCAAGGCUGUUGUUGCAAGUCUUACAUGCAAGUCGGCAGAGCAGCACUUUAAGCCAUACCUGAAGCAGCACCUGCCUAAGAGACUGCACUACGCCAACAAUCGGCGUAUUGAAGACGUUCACCUGAUGGUGGAGAAGACCUGGGGAGUGGUCAAGAAAGUCCCAAAGGUGAGGGGAACCUGUGCAAUGUUAGGCGACCAUGGAUAUGACAAUAAGAUCAACAGCAUGCAGACUGUUUUUUUGGGCUAUGGACCUAGAUUCAGAUUCAAGACCAAAGUUCCACCCUUUGAAAACAUUGAGCUGUAUAACGUCAUGUGUGAUCUUCUGGGUCUAAAACCGGCUCCAAACAAUGGAACUCAUGGCAGUCUGAACGUUAUGCUGAGAACUCCAACUUUUAGACCUACCAUGCCAGACGAGGUGUCCAGGCCAACGGCCUACAACCUCGUUCCUGGAGCAACAGAUGACAUGAGCUGCAACUGCGACGAAAAGUUGCGUGUAAAAAGUAGGGGCCAGAGAGGUUUGAAAGUGACCCUUGUACGAGGCUAUAACCUGGAGUCACUCUGGCUCUGUCUCUUACAGAACAAAGUUGAGGAGCUAAAUCGGCGAUUGAGGCAAGCUGUUGAUGACAGCAGGAACUUGCCGUACGGCCGACCUGCUGUCCUCUUCCAUACCAAAUACAGCAUCCUCCAACACAGGGACUAUAUCAGUAGCUACAGUGAAACCCUGCUCAUGCCCCUCUGGACAUCCUACACCGUCAGCAGACAGGUAGCGUUGUCUCCACUGCCUGAGUCUUUGUCCAACUGUGUGAGACCGGAUGCCAGAGUCCCACCGAUCGUCAGCCAGUCAUGUUCCAACUACAAAGCAGAGAAAAAUGUCACAUAUGCCUUCCUGUACCCGCCACAGCUUUCCUCAAACCUGGAUAGAAAACAUGAUGCUUUCCUCAUCACCAACACCGUGCCCAUGUAUCCUGCAUUUAAGAAAAUCUGGACUUACUUUCAGAAAACUCUGGUGAAGAAAUACGCCACUGAGAGGAACGGAGUGAACCUUCUUGUAGGACCCAUCUUUGACUACAAUUAUGAUGGAGUCAGAGACUCGACUGAGACGAUCAGAGACCAUGUGAGCGGAGCCGUCCUCGUCCCGACUCAUUACUUUGUGGUCCUGACCAGCUGCCUGAACUUCACACAGCCUGCAGAUUCAUGCAACGGUCCACUGAAGAGCGCCGCUUUCAUCCUGCCACAUCGACCCAACAACGACGAGACCUGCAACAGCUCCGAGGAUGAGUCCCGCUGGGUAGAGGCCCUGAUGAAGAUGCACACGGCCCGGGUCAGAGAUGUGGAGCUGCUCACAGGCCUGGACCUGUACCGGAGAACCAGGCGGAGCUACAUCGAGAUCCUCUCCUUAAAAACAUUCAUGUACACAUAUGAGACCGACGUCUGACCUCUGCUGACCUUUUCUACAGCUGUGGUGGAGGAACGUGAAACACACUUCCAUCUCUGUCUGUCUACGUACGGCUAGAACACCACUGAACUGUUCCAAAACUGUGGAAAGUCAAUCAUCCUUCAUCUCACCUACCUUUUGAGGACCCAGAAGAUCAAGAGCCUUUUGGUUCCCUGACGGACUUUCUAGAGUUACAGAGAUACAAUUUUACAUCCUCUUGGCACCUUAGUACAAACACCCUGCUCAAAAAAAAUCUGUUUGUUUGCACUUUUUUUUCUUUUAAGCUACGAAUCACACACAAAUCAUCCCAGAUUGAAAGCUAGAAUAAUCAUAUUUUUGUACUUAUGUGAUUCCUGAGCAGGCGUUAUGUUACACUUUAACCUUUUAAAGAUGAUUUAAAGGCUAUUGCCUCUGCACUUUAUUGUUCCUGCAGCCAAUCAGCUAAAGCUGGAGUCCAAAGAAUCAUCUCUGCAGCAGCUCCAGGUUUGGAUCGUUUCAGAUCAUCAAACAAAAAUAUUCUGAGAAAAUAGAAAAAAAAAACUGUUAAAAAAAUGUCUUUGUGAACCACAGAUCAGAUCAAUAUUAUGCAUAAUGCAUUAGUAUUUAAACUACUUCUCCAUUCUCAACACCUACAGAACUGCUCACCACUUUGUAAACCUGUGGCUCUUUAUGUUAUUCACCAAGCCAGUGGGUUUAAUAUUCAUCAUCUUGCACUAACACUUCAGAAUCUAUUAUACAGUCACACAUAUGUUGGUUUCUUUCAGAAAUAUUGCACAGAACAAGAAUAUUUGAAUCAGUGUUAAUCAUCCACCUGAUUAGUUCAUGCAGGGAGAGCCUGUCUCCAGGGGUCUGUGUAUUCCCCCUGCAGGUCACCAAGUAGAAACACACACUCAAACCUUAGCAUGAUGAAGUUCCCUUAGAAGCUGUGAGAUGAGUGGCAGUUCUACCACUUCAUCAGGCUUAAAAAAUAAUCAAAAGGCCAAUAUGGACUCACUCUGGCUGGAGAUUAUUGAAUACACCUGAUCUCUGUAUGCCACCCUUUAUAAAAAAGCCUUUAAUUUUAAAUGGAAUAUAAUGGUAAUGAUGUGUGUGUGUGCGUGUGUGUGUGUGUGUGUGAGUAUGUGCGUGUGUGUGUGUGUGUGUGGGGUGUGUGUGUGUGUGUGUGACAAAUAUUACAUAUCAUAUCAGUCUGUAAAUGUGGCUUGUUUGCUUGUAUGGGGGCUGUGUGUGUGUUUUGACUUUGGUUUGUGCACAAUUAAAUUUGUUGAUUAAAAUAAAGGUUUGAUCAAAAACA